AUGUCAUUAGUCAAUCACAAUACUGUUAUAAUGAUUGAUAAAAAUGAAAAUAAUCCCUUGAAAUCAGCAGACGGUACUAAACCUGCAAUAGUGGCUCUUUACCAUCUCGACGAUAACACUGUCACUCCAGUAGAAUCUCUUACUGACACUUUUUGUUCUGGUGGUUCUUGGUUCGGUGAUGGGACCUUGUUAAAUACAGGUGGUGAUUUUGAAGGGCCCAAGGGCAAUGGUUUUGCUGCUGGUGGUCAAACUGUAAGAAAGUAUACACCUGGUACCAAUAAUUUGCAAGAACUCCAGACUGCCAUGCAAACUAAAAGAUGGUAUCCAAGCGUUGUCACACUUGCUGAUGGUAGAGUUCUUAUAAUAGGUGGAUCGACUGGAGGAACAGGUCUUAAUACUGCAAAAUUGAAUAAUCCUACCUAUGAAAUAUGGUCAACUAAUGACACUGUAGGACCCGCCCAAAUUCCACUUGCAUUCUUGGCAGAUACAUUACCGUUCAAUUUAUAUCCAAUAGUUCACAUAGUUCCAAAUGAAGCAAAGAAAAAUCUUAUCUUUGUAUUUGCCAAUAAGAAAUCCAUCAUUUAUGAUUUAGAUACUGCAACGGUAGUUAAAGCACUUCCUGAUUUAGAAGGUGCAACACCACGUGUCUACCCAUUGACCGGUACCUCCGUGUUCCUACCAUUGAAACUGGCUUCAACAUACAAAACUGAAAUUAUGAUCUGUGGUGGUGGAACUGCUCAAGUGCCAAAUGCAGCUGCUGAUUCAACAUGUGGUAGAAUGGAUAUUUUGGCUCAGAAUCCUGCUUGGGAAAUGGAUAAUUUCGGUGGUAUAGCUCGUGUUUUGCCCGAUGCUGUUAUAUUACCUGAUGCAAAAGUUUUGUUCUUAAAUGGUGGUGGUGUAGGUUUCGCUGGUUUCAGAAAAGGUACUCCAGACAAUGUAAUAUGGUCUUCUGAUCAACCCGUAUUAACUCCAGUCUUGUACGAUCCUGAUACAAAAACAUACACUACACUUGCCGCAUCCACCGUUCCUAGACUGUAUCAUUCAACUGUUACCUUAUUAGCUGAUGGUACAGUCUUUGUUGCUGGUAGCAAUCCACAACCAAGUGUUAAUCUUAAUGUUUUAUACCCAACUGAAUACCGAGCAGAAGUUUUCACUCCACCAAACUUACAAACAGGGGCAAAUAGAGCCACCAUAAUGUCAGUAGAUGGUCAACCAAUAAAUCAAGAUACUCCCCAAAUAGUAAAUUUUGGAAAAUCCAUUACUGUAAUUGUUCAAUACACAUCAACAACCACUCCAACUUUCACUUCUGCUUUACAACAUACCGGUUUCAGCACACAUUCAUCACUCAUGUCACAACGUUACGUUGAAUUGGCAGUAACAUCAUCAGCUCUUGUGGCCGGAACAACCGAUCAAUAUACUUUACAAAUUGGAUUACCUCCCAAUCCUACUUUGAUAGCUUCCGGUCCUCUUUGGUUAAAUGUUUUGUAA